AUGGUAAACAUCUUAGCAAUCCCAAAGUCCGCCGUGUUUACGCCAUCGUCGGGAUUAUAGUUCUAUGUUUGAUUUACAUUUUUUCACCUUUCUACAUUUACAUUUCAGGCCUCAUCUUCUCCAUUUGUCCUUCAUCCACCUCCCGCGACCAGGAGGGAUUGGGGAUUGUGGAGGGCCCGGCUAAAGACUUCAGAAGCGGAAAUCCGCCAACACCGAGAAAACUCGGCUGGCCCAGAACGAGAAAGCGGCCGAAACGCAGCAGAGAAAGAGAGGGAGUACGGCCGACGCGGAGAGUGGGCAGCGGGCGGAUUUGUGGCGGGGUGGGGCGAUGACGGCGUCCGACCAGUUCGCUUCCAAUUCGACGACCAUCGACGGCGUCUCCGUGCGCGCUUUGAUGGCCGCCAAUCGCCUCAACCUGACCGUGUGCCCGGAGGGCGUCUAUUCGGACGACCAGAAGGGCUAUCGGAUCUACGCAAACAUGCCGAUCAGCAUCUUCGGCAUCUUCGCCAACAUUCUGAAUAUUUUUAUUUUCGCUGAUCCGGAAAUGAGGACCAUGCUGGUCAAUCAUUUUUUGUUGGUGCUAAGCAUAUCAGGUGAGAUUUGAUCGGAAAAAUCAGUUUGAUGACUUCGCCGUUUUUUUAUUGAAUCCUCUUUACACAUUUGCGACAUUUUGAAAUUUCAAAGUGGUCGUUAUUACAUUUAUAUUAUUUAUUCCCUUUUGAAAUAUUUUCAACAUUCUUUUUUGAAUUGUGAUCAUUUAUGCAAGCAACAAUCUGUUUCCUUCACUUUUUUCCGAAGAUUCGAAGGUUACUUGUUAUCCCAACCUAUCUCACAUGACAGUUAAUAAGAUACGUUGACGGCGAUUAUUUAUUUGAGGGAUUAUCUCAAGAUGGAGCUCAAAAAAGAACCAACUUCUCAUUUUAAUGAGUUGAAAUCCGGAAAAGGAAAUAUCUGAGACGGAGUGAUAUGAAAAAGUGCAGACUAUGGAAUUACCGUAGUAAAUCCACUAUUUCAGACUUGUUAUUGUUGGCCUGCAAUUUUUGUUUCCUCGUUUUGCCAGUGCUUGUCGUCGAAAUGGACAGUUUCUUUUGGAAUAAUGUUUUUCCUCAGGUCAUUCGGUAAGUUGCGUUCAAACUUCAUACAAUUUGAUGAUUGAAAUACAUUGUAAUUUUUAAAAUCUUGGUGAAAUUUACAUUCUUAACGAGCUAGCUAGACAGCCAGACUGUUAUUGUAUCCCACAGACAUAACAGUUACAUUUUAAGAGGCCUUACAGUUGUAUUUUCGUCGUUGUAAAUAAAAGUUUAUAAGUUGGUUUGCAGUUUAAAUUGUCUUUACCCACAAUCUAAUCUGAGUAUUAGCAGAGUUUACCACCCAAACUUAAGUCCCAUGUUUAAAAGAGUUUACCACCCAAACUUAAGUCCAUGUUAUUAUACUCAAGUGUAUAAUAACAUGGAAUAAUCCAGUUUUGAUCUCUGAAAUGGAAUCCCCAGAAUCUGCGAGUCAUUAGACGGCUUCGGAUGGUCUCACUUAACAGAUUAGAGCAUUCCAUGUCGGUGUAAUUGAAUAAACUGAAGGGCCAGAUUAGGGUCAUCUCCUUUGUUAAUCUCUUACAGGAAUUUAAAUCUUUGAUGCCCUAUUUCCGCCGGAAUUCGGAAGACUUGUUUUGUUUUUGCUUUCCCGGAAACCCUUGUUUAAGGAAGUAGCAAUUCGUAAUAUGACUUGGUUAUUGCGUUGUAGUCUUCUUUUCCAUAUUACAUAUAUACCCUCUCUAAACUCAAAUGUAAAUGCAAAUACAAUUUUUCCAGGUACUCAUAUCCUUUGGCAUUAACCGCCCAAACCUGUGGAGUUUACUUGACCGUUCUGGUCUCAGUCCAUCGAUUUCUCGGCGUCUGUUAUCCCUUUAAAGCCAAACGUUGGGUAACUCGAUCUCCCGUUCAGUGGGCCAUAUUCGGAUCCGUGGCCUUUAGUGUCCUGAUCAAUGUACCCACCUGGCUUGAGCUGAGUGUGGUCCCUUGCUAUUCGGAGCGAUUCUCAGCCCCAUCUCAACAGAUUGCCCUGGCCCCCUUCCAUGAGAUGACGUAUGUUCUCAUCAAGAAGACCAUCGUCUAUACAUUUGUAAUGUUCGCCUUCCCUUUCGCGGUCCUAAUCACCGUGAAUAUCAAAAUUAUUCAAGCAAUGAGACAUUCGUCCAAGCUGAGGAAGAUGCACACUUAUUCGACGAAGAGUGAAUGUCAGAGUGAAAAGGAAGUGCUGAGUCAGCAUGAGGUUCUGUUGAAACAAUUUCGUCUGCUCAAACAUACCAAGUACAGUGAGAUGUUCCAGACGUUCAGUCGGUUGGGAAACAGCAAGUAAGAUUUACAUCAUAGAUUCGUUUAUUAAGUCAUCAUUUUAAAAAAAUGUCCAUCGAAACUCCUUCUUUUCUAUCCAAUUUCCGUUGCAUACAGGGUGACCCAAAAUAACGGAGACAAAUGUUUGAAGGUCCCACCGCGAAAACCGGGGGUUAGAGAAACAUAAGCGACAAUGGGUAAUAUUCUAUAACACCUCCUCUAUAAUCCACGAAAAUUUGGUGGAAUCAUCAAGACGCAAAAAAAAGUUACAGCUUAACAAAGAUGCCUUGCGCCGUUUUUUGGCUUUCAAGUUUGGUUCCCGUGUGUUGCGUAGAGCCUGGCUGUACUACAGCUGCAGAAAUGGCUAGUUCAUUUUUUUUGUUAGACUACUAUGUCUCUAAGAAAGCAGUUGCGUAGGUUUUUGGGCUACGAUUUUUAUUUCUACGGUGGUACCGAUCGCAACAUUGAAGAUCGCCAUUUUUCCCAAAUUUUUUCCAUAAAAAAUUCAGUUUUUUUCAAAUAAAGCUAAAACCGCUAGUACGUCUUCUAUUCAUAAAUAGAAUGAUUCUGAAAAAAUCUGUGAUUGCUUGCUAGUUGCAACAGCUUUUCCUUAACAAGUUUCUCGCCCAGAACUUCCCCAUGGCACGCUGCUUUGAGAAAGAUGGGUUAUCGAUAACAGAAUGACAUGAUAGAUAAAAAUGGCGCAUUAUGCUCCUGUACACUUAUGACUACGACUCUUGAGAAUCAGCCUAGGGCACUUUCGGUCUUUAUGUGUCACCGACUCGACCUGUAUUCCGCCUAAGGCAAAAAUAAGGCAGAAUUCUGGUGAUUACCAAAUAGCUACAAAAUGUUUCUCUUUUGCUUUUAUGGUGUUCCUUUAAUCAUGUUCUAGUAACUCAUAUUACAUUUUGCCUUAUCUAACAUUCAAACUCCUUCUUACGCUUACAUUUUCAAAAAAAGCCGAUUUUUGCACUUCAACUGCCUGAAAAUACUCGGCUGUAACUUUUGAACCAUCGAUAGUUAAGCUUAGUACGAUAGCUCAUUUUAAAGAUUUUAUUAUGAUAAUUUAUAACUGCAAAUCUCAAACUAUUCCGAGUUUUCUUUUUUGAGUAAGGCAUCUUUCUUGUAAAAAGACCCCACGGGCAGAAGGGUCCAAGUCAACCGGAUAUAUUAAUGUCGUUCAAGACAGAAGAGCAUCGUACAACAAAACUACCGGUGAAUAAAACUACCCUAACGUGGUACUGUAAUAUAAAUAAGGAGUCACUCAUGAAUCUUAAUAAGUCGCAGAAAAAACGGGAAAUCUUUUGUCUCCGUUAUUUUGGGUCACCCUGUAAUGAGUAAGAUUAAGAAGCUAGUUUCCACCCUUGUAAGCUCUGUUGUUUUCUAUAAUCCAUGUCUUAUGAUACUGCAAAAAUGGUUUAUGAAGGAAAAAAUUCAAAUUUCCACGAACUGGAAUACCUGUUUCGGAUUAAAAAUGGUUAGAGAUUUUAGAGACCUACAGGAUGAUACCAUGAGUCAUAAAUGUAAAGGGCAAUCAUUUUACUUCCUUAUACGGCUUCAAUGACGAGAAAAGGUUAGAUGGAUUAUAUAUAUAUAGUAUAUAUAUAUAUGUAUAUAUAUACACAUAUACAUGUUUAUAUAUGUAUAUUAUUGCAAGCAAUUUGAGAUUCUCGUUGAGAUGUCCAAGGGCGAUUUGCAGUAUAAUUUAUUCAAUUCAGACGAUAGGGAGCUCAAUAUAUUAACGAGUGCAAAACAGCGCUAAAAGGAUCCUGUCAAUAUGUAUGUAUAAUUCCCGUCCUUUCAGUAUUCUGAAGCCUUCCACGGACAUCUUCAAGAAUCGAUUUACAAACUCAUGGCGGGAUCGCUCCGUCACCUUAAUGCUCCUUGCAAUUGUGGCCUUAUUUCUUUUAUGCAACGGCCUUGCUUUUUGUAAUGGAAUAAUGGAAUCAAUUAUGCUUUUAAAGAGCGAUGCCGGGGUUUCUGAGAGCGUUGAGGAUGUCCAAUUCUUCGAGAGAGCUGUGGAAGUUUCCAAUGUUCUGAUCACUCUGAACUCGUCCACAUCUACUCUGGUCUACAUCAUCUUCUCCAGCAAGUAUCGUCUCAUCUUCUUGGCCAUGAUGGGACUCAAGAAACGAGUCAGAGUGAGUUAUCGUUUAGAUGCUACAGUAAUUCUUCUAAACUAUAAAUUUUUUGGGUAUUGAUCUCUCACGGAACGGUCGAAAAUGCGGUUAUUACGAAUAUUAUCAGUUCAGAAUUUUCGUAAAAGAGAUUUUUUGCAAACAAAGUAUUUAAUUUGAAUUGCGACGGAAAACACGGGUAUCAUAGAGUAUCUUAUGCAAAUAAAAAAAGAUAAGGGAUACCCUAAAACGCACUAAAUAUGAACUUACGAAUGACAAAAAAUAGACUAGACAAGGAGCUGUACGAAGAAAAUCUUUACCAAAAAUGUCACAACAGUGUUUGAUCAACACAAAAUGUAAAAAAAAUAUUAUUUUAGGUCAACCGAGUGGCCCUUACGACUGGGCUGGCAUGUCAACGAGCAGUUGAAUUGUCCUUGAUCCCCGACGAAGCUGGAUCUCGGAAAACUGAGUUUUGCGCCCAAUUGGAGAUGAUCAAAAAACGACGAGGUACAGACGCCAUAUCUUAUACAUCAGUGACAACAGAGAAGGAGACCAAGAAAAAGAAGUUAUUCCGAUCAUGCCAAAGUACGCUGGCCAAUUCAUUGACAAACUCGGAGAGCAAUCUCAAGUACGUUUUAUAAUUUUGCAAAAGUACAGAAGAGAGAUUGUGAGAAAUGAGGAGAGCUUCUUUUAUUUUUAGAUCAGACCCUCACUUUUCCGCAUCAAAAAUUACUGAAUUUUCCGGAAAUUGGACUUCGUUUUUCUGCGGUUUUUACAUAACGCGAUAAAACAUUUUUUUAAAAGCUUUCCUAUUAGUUGGACGAGUUAUGCUCAACCGGUUUUUAUGACCCUUUCUCCAGACUGAUGGAUUGCCAAGACUCUAAGUCCCGUGCGACCUCGAUCAGUGUGAUGAACGAAGACGAUCACCCACCCUCCCAUGAACCUCAUUCGCCUUCUACUCCCUAA